AUGCCGUUUACACCAGCGGAAGACGAACUCACGGAAGCGCUCAUCGACCUCAAGUCGCGCGAUCCGCAGCUGGGCAUCGCGAAAGUGCACGCCCUUCUGCUGAGAAACUACCCGGACUGGAGCGUCUCGGAGAAGCGCACACGCAAGAUCUUGCAGUACCAUGGCCUGAUCGUGUCGUCGUCGUCGUCGCCAGCGGCAACUGCGAACGAGCCUCCGGUGUUCCCCUCGUCGCGUGUCAUGGACCAAUUGGAUGUGAAGCAGUGGAGUGACAAGGUCCAGGUGAAGUUUUUCAACAAAAAGAAGGGGAAGGGUCUGGUCGCGGUUACAAACAUUGAAGAGGGCGAUACGAUAUGGAAGGAAGAGCCGUUCAUCGUUGCGCCCGAGUGGGAGAUAUAUGACAUGCAGCGCAAUUCAACGGCUUGUGGGUACUGCACAACACCUCUCGCCCUCGACUCACCCUUGAUCAACGUCUGCCCGGCCUCAUCUUCCACGAUGCCGGCUGCGUCAACUUCCACGAACCCGUGUCCAACCCGGUUCUGCAGUCGUCUCUGCCUCGCACGUUCGGCAAAGGUCCAUCCUAUUCUUUGCCCGGUCCAGAACCCCGCUUCUGCACCACUUCUCAAGUUCGCCCGAGACUCGCAGUGGAUGGCACUUCAUGCACUCAUUCACACUACUGCCCGCAUCCUUCUUGUGAACCAACAUGGUAUAGAGACCUUGAGGAAAGACUGGGAUAUCGUCCAGAGUCUGGCGGAAUUGGGUAUGGAGGAACGGUUUAAAUAUAGCUUCAAAUCAUCGGCCGCUCCAGAGCCCGACAGGGCUGUAUGGAAGAAAGCCUUUACCUUAUACCUUCAGGCGUUCAAAGAACCGAAAACGCCGCCAGAGCAGAAGAAGUUCGCGAAGUUGCUCAAGAAACCUCUUCCAGCAGAGGUUGAACAUGGUCUCUUCGACUACGACGCAGGCUUCCUACGAGGAUUGGGUCGCAUGUCCCUCAAUCUCGAAGCUCAUGGAGGCUUAUACGUCCUCCACUCACACCUGAACCACUCCUGCGAUCCUAACGUCUCCGUUCGUCACCUCGACCAGCGUAACGCUCUCUCCCGCAUCACGGUGCUCGCCAAGCGCGCCAUCAAACAGGGCGAAGAGCUCACUAUAACGUACGUCAACCCGAAGCUCGGAUACGCGGCCCGCCAGCAUGAGCUGCGCAGCUGGGGCUUUGGCUCGUGCGUCUGCGCACGGUGCAUCGAAGAAGAGAAGAUGGCACGGCAGGCGCCGUCAGGGAACGGAGGAGGCGACGCGGGCGAGGUGGCCGAUAUGGACGACUUGGCGGCCGAAUUGAAGGCCGGGCUGGGGGUUAUGUGA